UAUCCGGGCAGAACAGCGCUGCUAUCAAUGUGAGACGCCCUUGCUUUUUUGAGCCCAAAGUGAAAGUUGUUGGAUCUACAGACACUCGCACAGAGCAAUCACAAUCCAUGGAGACUGGCAAAAUACACAGAAUCACACAAGUGGUGCAAGAAUGCACUUUACCUACGAUCACUAAAGCUGUAGUAGGUUCUGAGAAGUCUACACAAAAUGAAACCUUUAUCACUGUUUCAUGGAAGAGAAAUGUUUACGAAACCUCUGAAAGUAACAAAUUUUCUACAUUCUACAAGUAUGAAGAUGGUAGUAAUCCUAGUUUAAAAGCAAUCGCGACAUUUCCAAUUCUUUCUGCAGAUGUUAUAUUAGAAGCUGUGUCUCCAUCGUCAAGUUUACGAGCGACAAUAAAAAAAGUUUCGAAUCCUGAUACGAAAAAGAAUGAGUAUGUAUUGCAGAUAUGGUCUAAAUCGGGAACAAAACUACAAACAACUAUGAAUCUGUCAUCUUAUGAUAAGCAUGGUCAGGUGCAUGCUGAUGAAACUUUUGGUUCACUGCAAUGGUCAGAAGAUGAAACAAGAAUUGUUUAUGUUGCUGAAAUGAAAAAAGAAAAAAGCAUUGGCUUUUUUACAAGAGUUCCUUCCGAUGAUGAUCAAGCAAAACAACCUGAAAGAGGUAUAAAAUACAAUUAUGAGGAGUCUUGGGGAGAAUUACUGACCGAUGUUACCAACACAGUUAUUUGUGUUGUGAAUAUUUCAAAAGAAACACUUAAGAUUGUUAAAGGUAUUCCUGAAGGAAUAUGUCCAGCUCAGCCACAAUGGGGUCCUAAAAAUUCAUUAAUAUUUGAAGGGAUUCAGCAGGAACCUUUUCGACUUGGGCGUAUUUAUUGUGAAAACCGUGUCAGUGCAAUAUACCAAAUAACACUGGGUGAUGAAGAAAGUGUUUUAUCACUAACAAAUGAACUAUUGUCAACCAGUUAUUCCCCACGUUUAAACAAGUGCAAAACAAAGGUGAUAUUUCUACAGAAAAUUCUUAGUGGACAUGGAGAUCCUCAUCGAAGUGCAGAAACUUUAAUGUUGUAUGACUUUGAGCAAAACGUUUUGAGUAGAGUCUAUUCAGUUAAAACAUUUCAAGAAAAACCGGUUGAAUUAUACUGUCAUCAAUUACCUAAAAACUGCUGGUUGGAAGAUGAUGUUCAUAUAGCUUUACCUAUAACAUAUCAAGCAAGUCAAUAUGCCUGUGUUAUAAACAUUUUAACUGGUGAACUGCAUAGUAUGACAGGCUGUACAUCAGUGCUUGGAGUUUAUGCUAAUCUCAUUUUGACAUCACACAUGAAGCUUGAGUCACAAUCUGCACUGCUCCAAGUUAUAAAAUUUCAAUUGCCUUUAGUGUCAAUUAUUAGAGAGAUCGGAACAAAUGUUGAUAACAUUAAAUAUGGAUGCAUUACAAAUGAUCAUGGGAUUAUAUCACACUACAUCAUACCAAGCAGUUCUGAAAAUAAGUUGUUACCAUUAGUUGUUGCAGUACAUGGGGGGCCUCAUGCCGUGUAUACUGAUGAUUAUAAUCGAGAUGCUCGAGUGUUCUGUAAACUUGGUUAUGCUGUACUUCUGGUAAAUUAUCGUGGUUCAACUAGUUUCUCAACAGAGUCGUUGAAAUCAUUGCUAGGAAACGUUGGCACCCAAGAUAUCAAGGAAACCCAAAAUUUUGUGUUGCAGUUUAUUGACUCUAUGGAUGGAAAGAUUGAUAUGAAAAAUAUUUUUAUUACUGGUGGAUCUCAUGGAGGAUUUAUUACAACUCAUUUGAUUGGUCAAUAUCCUACCUUCUAUCGGGCUGCUGCAACAAGGAAUCCUGUCAUAGAUAUCACAUCAAUGACGCUUAGCUCUGAUAUUCCAGAUUGGACAUAUGUUGAAUCUGGUCUUUCUUAUACACAAGACAUAUUGCCAACAGGUGGUGCUUACCAGUCAAUGCUUGAAAAGUCUCCAAUUAUACAUUUAAAAAAUGUCAAUGCACCAGUUCUGCUCUGUAUAGGAGGCAAAGAUGCUCGAGUACCACCAUCGCAGGGUAAAGCAUACUACAGAUUGUUAAAGGCUAACAAUAAAGUUGCAAAGUUACUUUUUUAUCCAGAAGAUUCUCAUCCAUUGUCUGGAGUCGAAACUGAAGGUGAUAGCAUUGUCAAUAUCUGCAAGUGGUUUUACAUGCAUUAUUGUGGAUCUAAGGAAAACUAAAUUUAUUAAUAGAACAGGAGCAUUUUUUUCCAAUGUAUAUAUAUUAGAUUUCCUUUUAGGGCCUGCAAACCACUUUCCAACUUUUUGAUAAAAAUAAUUUUAAAAUUUUCGCUACGCAGAAACAACAGUGGCUCUUGGACUCUGUUUUAACUGUUGCCCCUUCCCCUCCCCCUUAUCUUUAAGAAUCUAAUAGCUGGCCCUGCUUUAAAAAUAUUUUGAAAAUUACAGUUAAAUUUACAAGGCAAUUUCAUAUUACUGUUUUAUUCUAUAAGAAACCUGGCAAGCUAAUUCCAAAAGUUUUUUGUUACCAUCCAAUGCGAUUUUUCUCCAAAGUCUCCCUAGUGGGUUUCAAAUUUUUUUGUUGCAAUAUAUACAAUUUUUGUACAAAAAUAGGUAUGCAAUUGAAGUGUGGAUAAAAUUAAA